UUGGCCAUGCCUCCAGCCCUCCCUCCCUCGCCUUCCGGAUCGACCGAGCGACUGGUGGAAGAGCUUGCUCCCACCGUUGAGCAGCUCAAGGACCUUGGUGCAGGCAAUGCCAUCACCCUUCCCCAGGCACUCGGGGCCACCGAACCCCUCCUCCGUCUCCGACAUACCUUUAUCGAUGAUCCACACCCGCGGACCGCCAAGGAUGCAUUCCGGCACCUAUCGGGCUUCCAGGCAUUGCUCGACCUCGCAGGCCAACUAGCAGAGCUAUACGACGUCGAGGCUUUAUCCAAAGAAGAAAGGAAAAGUCUGCUCGGAGUUUACAAGGAUGUCUUGGGUGUUUUGGCCGAGGGAUUGAAGGACCAUUUUGGCAACCGACGAUACUUUGCCCGCAGGAUUGCCGGGGGAGGAAUUCCUGUUCUCGAAAGAACUCUUGACCUGCUGGCCGGGAAGAUAGACAAGGCCGAGAGCGAUGCUGGACAACUCUACGGGGCCGUUCUUGCUGCCGCCCUGUGUCAGGAAACCGUCACGGGUAUAUUUGUCACCCUGUGUGCGAAGCUUCAGAAUAAGACGGAGUCUUUAACGGGACUUCAAGAUGCGGCAGUCCAGUGCCUGGGAUCUGCUGAGACCAUCGAGGUUGCAGAGCUUCUGGGUCCAAUGAUUCGUGUGUGGUUGACACACUCUUCCUCGGGGCAUGAUUCUCUACGCCUCGCUCUUCCCGCAUGUCUUUGUCAAUUGGCUUCACAGUCCCGGAGGAACGUUGUAGCUCUUCAUGGCACAGGAAUGCUAACGUCCAUCCUUCCGCUCUUGUUCGAUGACGGCCGAUCCGACAUCGAGCAAGCCCUUUACCAGGAUCUGGCACGCUAUUUGAGCGUCCAAGGCAUAAGUAGCUUGGAAGAUGCCGUGGUCCUGUACCGCCGGGCACAUGAAAGCACACAUGUCUUAAAAUUUCUUGUUUCUGCACUGAAAUUCUCCAAAGAGCCCCCAUCAAUACAGUUCGACUUGUCUCUGCAUGGCUUUUGUUCCGUUGAAUUUGCGACCUUGAGCCGCCCAUUCCCUCCAAAUACCUCCGCUGGCUAUACGCUGGUAACCUGGGUCCGCUUUGAUGAAUUCGAUCCGAACACCCACACCACAAUCUUCGGUGCCUUUGAUGCUAGUCAGACGUGCUUCCUCCUUGCCUAUCUGGAAAGGGAUACGCGUCACUUUAUCUUGCAGACCUCGAUCCGUGGGCCACGUCCUAGUGUCCGGUUCAAGUCGGCCAAGUUCGAGUCAGGUCGCUGGUAUCAUAUUUGCCUUGUCCACAAGAGACCCAAGCCUUCCUCGUCCUCCCGAGCAUCUCUCUUCAUAGACGGUGAAUUUGUGGAGCAGUUGAAGAUUGACUAUCCUUCCACUCCCGCCAGUAAUCAUCCCAGCAGGCCACCUCGGAUCCAAGCAUUCUUUGGAACUCCUCAAGAUCUAGCCAUGCGUCUUGGGAAGGGGGUAUCAACCUCUAGGUGGUCACUUGCAAACGGUAUCCUUUACGAAGAGGCAUUCAGCGACGAUAUGGUGUCCGUCUUCUACAAUCUAGGACCGCGGUACUUUGGAAACUUUCAAGAUUGCCUGGGCUCUUUCCAGACAUACAAAGCCUCCGCCACGCUUAAUCUCCGAAACGAACACCUCCACCCGGGCAAGGAAGAGUCCUCUGAUAUUAUUACCGCCGUUCGACGCCGAGCAAGUACCCUCGUCCGCGAGAGCUCGAUUUUGAUCAAUGUUUCUCCCGUUGCAGUGCUCGAUGAUGACGAUAGAAACAGCGCUGAUGAAUUCCAACUCAUCAAAUGCCUGUCUCGACAGGCGGCGAAGAGCCUACACCAAUUGACGAAAGCUGGUGGAAACGCUGUGGCCAUCAACGGAGCUACUCCUGCUAUCAACGAUGGGUUAACGCAACCACAAGGAGUUGGAAUUUUGACUGGUGAUCCCGUUGUUGCUGUUCCAAAGUCUUUGGAUGACGCCAGUUGGUGCUUAGGUGGCUGUGCUGCCGUGCAGUUGAGUUUGAUCCAGGCAGCGAGUUCUGCGGAGAGUACUCGCCUGGCCGUGGAGGCGCUUUACGAAGCUGUUCAAGACAACUGGCGGAACAGCGAGGCCAUGGAAAGAGAGAACGGUUACGGCAUUCUUGCGUCCCUCCUACGCGAGAAACUUGGCUUUACCGUUGGCAAUUUCACUGGAAAUAGUCGAACGACGGCGCUUGGAUGCAGUGCCGAAGAGCAAAAUACGUUGACUCUAGACUUGCUGCGUCUCACCCUUGCAUUUGUUGGUUACGACUUUGAGCGCCCAAAUCACUCCAUCAUCACCAAUCCUCUUGCCUACCGAAUUCUUCUCGUGGACAUGGAUAUUUGGCGGCUUGGAGAUCUACCAUUGCUCAAGCUUUAUUAUUCACAGUUCCGGACAUUUGCCGCAGACAGCAAUUACCGCCGAUUCAAUGCAAGGCGGCUUGGUCGCAUGCGUGUCAACAAGAAGUUCCUAGAGACUUUAAAGGGUGGCGAACUGACUCCAGAUACACUGGAGCCGUGUUUAGCAUCCUUUGGGUCAUUGAUGGAAAGCAACCUGUCCCCCGACCUCCUCCGCUCCCUAGCUCUAUCUAUCACCUACGCACUUCACAAGCCGAAGCCACCUGCCAGUCUCCAGAAGAAAAAAAAGCCUUCGAUUCGCGGCGGCGUCUUCCCGACCAGGCUCAUCAAAGUCUGGCUUUUAUACCUUUCAUGCGAAGACGAACCCGAAAUUGUGGUUCAUGCAGCCAAGAUCUUGGCUCGGCUGCUGGUCGUUCAUGGAAGUGGCUACAGCAAGAAGUUUUCUGAAAAGAAUGGCGGAUACACAGUCUUGGGACAACACCUGAAACGGUGGUGGAAUAUUCCUGCCCUGUGGCCAAUCUGCUUUUCCAUUUUGUUUGGCCGAGAUAUCGCUCUUUUGGACCUUGACCGUCCUUUUGAAGUCUCAGAACUCCGCAAUCUUUUCUUGGGCGACGGUCAAUUGCAAAUUGCCCACCCUGAAAUACUGCCAGUGAUAAUGGGAAUGCUCAGAAGUGGAUUGAAGGGCACGGUCCUUGCCAGUGAGCCCGCAACAGGCCGAAAUCCCUCAGAGACAGAUGGCUCCAGCACAUCGCUUCCCAACAUGUCUUCUUGCAAACUGCCCGAUGUUGCCUUACGCCAUCGUACAAAGCACGGGCUUUCCCUUUUAACCUCUGUGGUUCAGUUUUUGGCAGAGGCACGCUCGAAGUCACAAAUAUUCCGUGAUUUCACAGUUCAGUCAAACUAUGUCCAAGAGCUUCUGGCCAUUCUUUAUCCUGCUGUUGUUGGUUCAGACUCCGUAAACCCCAACACUGAACUGAACUCCCGCUACAGUGGGCUCAGCUUUGAUGAAAGCAACUUGGUUCUACGGCCACGUUCGAGCACAGCCAACAUACAAGCAAACCUGCAAACUUCCACCGUUGAGUGCUCAUCCAGCCCUACUGACAGCCCUGCCGAUACUCUGCGUCGCGGGUCCUCAUUCAUCCUAGUCUCUUCCGACAAAGCCAAACAUCAGCCCUCUCUCGCGCGCAUACGCCGCGUCGUGAACCCUCAAUUCUCUGCAGAUGGAGCUGUAACCGAACAUCCGCUUGUCAAGGCUAUCUUUGGGUUGGUUCUCGCUGUCUUCGAAGAUCAACUUCUGGAGCGGAAAGAAUUUUCCGGGCUGGGGCUGUAUCACAAGACGCCCCCCGGGUUCUUAGAGCACCAAGCGUACUUUAACUCAUGGAUAUUCAACCGCUUGUUGGAGACGUUGAAGGGAUUGCCCUCUUCCAAAUCUCGACUCCUCCAAGAACCUCGGACUCUGACCAACCUUGGCCGCUUUGCUACUCACCUGGCCGAGGCAGUCUAUGAGGGCUGGUUCAUAGACGGAGCAGCAGCCACACUGGAAGGCGUUGGGGCUAUCCUUGAGUAUCUCCAACGCCCGGACAUCUCGCCCCUGAAAAGCAUUCGGCUGUGCAGCCAGGCGGUUGCGACUCUGCAGUCGACUCUGUAUAGAGUUGCCUUGUUCCAGCUGUCUGAUGCAGAAGGUGGAGAAGCCCUAUCCAUACUGAAACGUUUGAACUACUGGCAGGUGGUCCUCCUCUCAGCAUCCGAAACGCAAUCAAAGUAUCUACAUCUUUUCUGUUACCUUCUUUACACCAAGUUGGUCAGCAACGAACAGGGCGUCCGCCUGGCGGCCGCAAGUCUUUGGCGGGUAAUUCUAGUGCAAAGGCCAGAUGAGAUGACAGUUCUUCUCAGCCAAGGACCCGUCUCGCUCCAGCGUCGACUCGCGGACGGCUUCGAUUCUCUCGUGGGAUUGGAAGAUGAGUCAUUUUUGAACUGGAUUGAUGACCAGCGAGAUGACCUUGAUGCUCUGUUCUUCGGCAUCUUGUCUCGAUCCUGGGAUAUAUUUGUUCUGGAGGAGAACACGAAGAGCGAGGAUACUGCCAAGAGCCGCAUCUCGAAACGCAAAGACAGGCUCAAGCAAUGGGUUCAACUGGAGAAAUUCGACGAAGACGUUGUUCGGAAACACGAUGCGACUUUGCCUCAUUGGAUUUCGAACAUUUCUGCGUCUGAAUUCUUGAAGUCACAGAGAUUCCAGCAAGACCUACAAGAUAACUCUGCCUUCAUGUGGUCGGCAUUUUCGAACCUGUUGCUGGAUCUGCGACGGCCGGGUGGUCUCCUUGCCGAUGACAAAGACCGAAAAUGGAGGCUUGACCAGACUGAGGGUCGCAGUCGUAUGCGGUUGCGAGUGGUACCUGAUGAAUCAGGUGAAAGGCAAGAGUAUCGCCCUAAGCGGAAAGCCUCUGAGCCUCCUGUGGUGAAGAUUGACACUCGUGCACGCGCUUUGUCUGAAGGAGAGGCGCCGUCAACACCGAAGACUGCCUUGACGGCCGAGCCUGAGCCCCUGGAACCGUCUGGGCCUCGAGAUGACGAAGAUGGCGAUGACGCCGCCGAAAACCGUAGCAUGCUGGAAGAAAAUUUCGAGAUGAUCGAUGAUCCCAAGUUCGAGCUCGAGGACUACGAAGACAAGAACCGAAAGGUGAUGAGAUCUCUUCAACGAGGUGACCAGGUUCAAAAUGUGUGUAACAUGUCUCGAAUCAUCGGUCUUGAGGCCGUGGAGGGUCUUCUGAUCAUCGGAAAAAACUGCAUUUACAUCCUGGACAGCUUCUUCCAGAGAGCGGAUGGCGAGAUUGUCAACGUCUGGCAAGCCCCAUCUGAGGAACGAGAUCCCUACGUGCGGAUGAUUGCGGGCCGGGAGUCCAACGAUCGUCGCUCACAGGAGCACGAGACAAGAAGCUGGAAGUGGUCUGACUUGGUUAGCGUCUCCAAGCGACGUUUCCUCUUCCGCGACGUCGCUUUGGAAAUUUUCUUCACCGAUGGCACGAGUUAUCUGUUAACCUUCUUCUCUCCGCGAGUACGAGACGACCUGAGUAACCAGCUUGGUGCCAAAGCGCCGCAAGUCACAGGAAGUGCAGGACACUCGCGGCCGGAGGAUAUCUGGCGCUACGAAACCCUACGCAGCCAGGAAGAUGCACCUCAAUCUCUCGGCUCGAAAUUUGCUAGCGUCUUUGGACACCAGGCAUCAAACCCAGCGACGCGGAAAUGGAUCCGGGGCGAGAUUUCGAACUUUCAUUAUCUCAUGUUGAUCAACACGCUCGCUGGACGAACUUUCAACGAUUUGACCCAGUACCCAGUCUUUCCAUGGGUUCUGGCAGAUUACACGAGCGAAGAGCUCGAUCUAACCAACCCGAAAACAUUCCGCGAUCUGUCGAAGCCUAUGGGUUGUCAGACCCCAGAUCGUGAGGCUGGGUUCCGAGAGCGAUACAAUGCCUUUGCUGAGAUGGGUGAUGACAAUGCGCCGCCCUUCCACUACGGAACCCAUUACUCCUCGGCAAUGAUUGUCAGCUCUUAUCUCAUUCGCCUACAGCCGUUCGUCAAGUCCUACCUUCUCCUUCAGGGCGGCACCUUCGACCAUGCAGACCGACUUUUCUACUCUAUCCGCAAAGCAUGGGAGUCCGCUUCGCGAAGCAACAUGUCUGAUGUCCGAGAAUUGAUACCUGAAUUUUUCUACCUUCCCGAGUUCCUGGUGAACUCCAACAAAUACGACUUUGGUCUUCUCCAGAACAUGGCAACGGCCAUCGACUCAGUUGAACUGCCGCCUUGGGCUAAGGGCGAUCCAAAGAUAUUCAUUGAGAAACACCGCGAGGCGCUCGAGAGCCCCUACGUCUCUGAAAACCUUCAUCACUGGAUCGAUCUUGUUUUCGGCAGCAAGCAAAAGGGCGAGGCUGCCGUUGAAGCCGUCAAUGUAUUCCAUCAUCUGUCUUACAAGGGUGCCAAGGACCUGGAUGCUAUUGAUGACCCGGUGGACAAGUUGGCCACCAUUGGUAUCAUCCACAACUUCGGACAGACACCUCAUCAGAUAUUCCAGCGAACUCACGCUCAACGCGAAGACCAGCGGUACCGCACACCCCGGCUGGAUACACUCGCAGAAUCUCUGACGCAGAUGCCACUCUCACUUCUUGACAUUGAGGAACGAGUAUCCACUCUCUCGAUGAAGCAAGACCGGUUGCUUUGCACGGCUGAUUUGAGGCUCAACGUCCCACCAGCCUUCGAUCACUACAUGGAAUGGGGCUUCUUUGAUGGAAGUGUGCGCUUCUAUGCCACGGAUAGUCGCAAGCUCCUUGGUCACUUCGAACACCUCCAUAUCGGUCAACUCUCACACGCCAGCUUUGCCGAUUCACGUACACUUAUUACCUGUGGAACGGACUGUACGAUUUCCUUGUGGACAGUCACGGCAGGCUCCAGGUCCGUUGACUUGCAGCCCAUUGGGUCCCUGUUUGGUCAUCGUUCUCCGGUAACCACACUCGCGGUUUCGCGAUCCUUUAGCGCCUUGCUUUCUGCAUCCAUUGAUGGCCAGAUCAUGCUAUGGGACUUGAAUCGGCGAUGCUUCGUGAGAUCGCUUCCUGCCGAUGGGACUGUCGACUGUGCCCGAAUCAACGACGUAACUGGAAACAUCAUUAUCUGUCGAGGUAAAUGCAUCACCAUGUAUACGCUAAACGGAGAGAUACUCGUGGACCAACCGGUGUGCGAUUCAGCCGACGACCACGUUCUAUCCUGUGUAUUCUACGAAGGCGUACAAAACGAGUGGCUGGAGCGCGAGCUGGUACUCACGGGCCAUAGUCGCGGCGUCGUGAACAUCUGGAGCAAGGCCAUUCGCGGCGGACGAUUCGAGCUGGAACUCAUCCGACAACUCCAUCAUACGGACAGCAGUCGCGACACCGGAGCCAACAUCUCCUCCGGCAUAAGUUGCAUUCUGGCCCUCCCCCAUGUUGUGUAUACCGGGGAUGAGGCAGGCCGAGUGUAUGAGUGGAACUGUAUCCAACGGCGCUGAUCUGAUCCCGCCAUUCAAUUCCCGCGCGGGCCGGCUACUGAAGAAAGCAUGCAACCUUGGA